AUGUCGGUCUCCGCGCGAUAUACCCGGUAUCUGGUGUUCGCCGUCGUGGGAUUGGCCUUUUUCUACAUCAUCUCUCGAUCCUCCUUCCACCUGCCCAGCGCAUCCUCAUUCCCUCGCCCUCAACCCUCCUACGAAGAUUUCAAAUCGUCAAAACCACAAAAUGUUGGAACGAACAGCAGCGAGCGGGUCAAUGCGACGUUUGUCACCCUCGCCCGCAACUCCGACAUCUGGGAGAUCGCCAAAUCCAUCCGAAAUGUCGAGGAUCGCUUCAAUCGUAACUACAACUACGACUGGGUUUUCCUGAACGAUCAAGAAUUCGACGAUGACUUCAAGAAACUUACCACCUCACUGGCCUCCGGUACAACACACUACGGCAAAAUUCCUGAAGAGCAUUGGUCGUAUCCGGACUGGAUUGACCAGGAUAAGGCUAAAGAGGCGCGAGAGGAGAUGGGUCGCAAGAAGAUCAUCUACGGUGAUUCAGAGAGUUAUCGCCAUAUGUGCCGCUACGAGUCGGGCUUCUUUUUCCGCCACCCACUGAUGAUGAACUACGAAUACUAUUGGCGCGUGGAGCCCAGCAUCGAGCUCUACUGUGAUAUCGGCCACGACCCAUUCCGCUUCAUGAAGGAGAACGACAAGAAGUACAGCUUUGUCAUCAGUCUGUACGAAUACAUCGAUACCAUUCCCACUCUCUGGGAUAGCGUGAAGAAAUUCCUGAAGAGCCACCCCGAACACGUCCCCAGUGGCAACGCCAUGGAGUUUAUCAGUGAGGACGGCGGUGAGACUUACAACAAAUGCCACUUCUGGUCCAACUUUGAGAUCGGCAGCCUGGAGUGGCUGCGCUCCAAGGCGUACAUUGACUACUUCUCCUCCCUGGACCAGGAUGGUGGCUUCUUCUAUGAGCGAUGGGGCGAUGCACCCGUCCACUCCAUCGCCGCAGCCGUUAUGCUGAAGAAGGAACAAAUCCACUUCUUCAACGAGAUCGCCUACUACCACGUACCUUUCACCCAUUGCCCGAGCGAUGAGCAGACGAGGCUGGACCUGCGCUGUCAUUGCAAGCCCGAGGAGAACUUUGACUGGAAGGGCUAUUCUUGCACCAACCGGUGGUUCAAGGUCAACGACCUUCAAAAGCCUGAUGGCUGGGACAAGAAAGAUUGA